AUGCGGAUGUUAUCUUAUGGAAUAGCUGCUGAUUUAGCGGAUGAGUACAUCCGCUCAGCAGAAUCCACAAAUUUAGAGUCUUGCAAGAAAUUUGUGAUCAAAGUUUGCGAAGUAUUUGGGGACAAGUACCUAAGAUCUCCAAACGCAGAAGAUACUGCAAGAUUGCUUGCAAUAGGGGAGGAAAGAGGAUUCCCUGGGUCUAACAAUGAUUUGAAUGUUCUUCAACGUUCUCCCGUGUUUGCAAAGCUAGCGGGAGGCGAAGCUCCAGAAGUGAAUUAUAGUAUCAAUGGUCAUCAGUACACAAUGGGGUAUUACCUUGCAGAUGGACCUGCUAAAGGUUGGAAGCGUAAAGAAAUUGGUGAUGUCAUGACAGCUUGUGUCAUAAUGCACAAUAUGAUCGUUGAAGAGGAGUGA